CACGUUUUCUUUGUCCACAUUCCCCGUCGUCUGUCUAGAGUCGAGGUUCUAACAGUAACUCCAGGAUACGAGGAAGAGGCACCUCCAGAAAACUACUAUGCUCAUGAUCCCCACGACGAUGAAUACCCUCCUUCCCCGCCCCACGCGAGUGGCGGCUCCUAUUAUGCAAAUCCCGCCGACUUCCCCCCUCCGCCGACGGGAGAGGCUGCCCCAACCGCGGGAAGCUAUGCCCCGCCAGCGGGAGGAUACGCUCCACCCACGGGAGGCUACACACCACAUCCCACACAACCCUCAGCGCAUCCGCCACCCGAGACCACAAUCCCGCCCUAUAACCCUCAAGAUUACGCGGCGCACGACCCGUAUGCUUACCCAGCCCCGAGAACAGGUGACAAUCACAUGUAGCCCAUUCCGACUCCCCAUUAUCUGAUGUCGACACACCCCCCUCUACUCCGUCGAUCUCCCCCCGUUCCUCUCCCUAUCAGCACCCCAACAAAUCCGUGAAUUUCGCCCCCUUAUCCCCU